GGCACUGGGACCUGGACUUUGGAUUUUAAUGGUCUGGCUUGCUAUAUAAGCUGCUGGACUUCAUCAGCUCAACACAAGCGCUUCCAAGUGGACUUGCAGAUACAAUUGCAAACUCAGCCAUGAAGGUCCUCGCUGUGCUCGUCCUUGCCGUUUUCACUGGCUGUCAAGCCAACCUCUUCUAUGCUGAUGCACCCAAGCCACAGCUGGAGGUGAUGACUGAUGCCUUCUGGGACUAUGUUGCCAAAGCCACCCAGACAGCUGAUGACACCAUCCAGAUGAUCAGGAAGUCUCAGUUUGGACAGGAUCUCAGCGCCCGUCUGACAGAGAGUGCCGAUGUGGCCAACAAGUAUGCCGUCACCCUGCAGGAGCAGCUUCCCCCAGCAGCCCAGGAUCUGAUCACCAAAGUCACCACUGAGGCUGACGUGCUGAGAGAGCGCGUGAACAAGGAGCUGACCACUGUCAGGGAGACGCUGGAGCCCUACACCGAGAACAUGAAGGCCCAGGUCCAGCAGAGAGUGGAGCAGCUCAAACAGGAGCUGGCCCCCUACGCAGAUUCCGUGGACACUGAGGCCCUGAAGACCACCCUGCUGGAGAAGAGCGAGGAGCUGAAGGCCAGCCUGGAGCAGAGCGUGACGGAUCUGCAGGCUCAGCUGGGGCCCUACACCGGUGACCUGAAGGCAAAGGUGGACCUGCAUCUGCAGAACUUCCAGGAAAGUGUGGCACCCCUGACCGAGAAGGUUCAAGGUGAGCUGACUCAGAGAGCCGCACAGGUGAAGGAACUGGCCACCCCCUAUGUUAAUGACCUGAGGGGAAAGCUGGACCCCUACGCCGCUGACUACACGGCCCGUGUCAUGGAAAUCUACAACUACUUCACAGGAAUAAACAACUAAGUCAAACUGCAUCCAAAGAAAUUCUCUGAUCCUAGAAACAUGCCCUUAUUGUUAACAUUGUGACAACACAAGCUUACCAGUAUUGAAAGCUUAAGAUGUCUUUAGAUAUAUUUUAAGUAUUUAAACAAAUGGAUGAAUAUUAAGAGCUGGUCUGUGACCAUACAAUCUGUACUUUUCCUAUAUUAUGGAAAUAAAAGUCAAAGCCAAACAUAAACUUC